AUGUGGAGGACUCCGCGCAUUACUGGCCUGCAUCCUGGACCGCGACACGGGCACUCGGCGACCAAGGUGGGCGCCAAGUUGUUCAUCAUCGGCGGCUCAUCAGAAAAGGAGGAGCGUGUCGAUGUAGUGGUGCUCGACACUGAUGCCAUGAUGUGGUACCGGCCGACCGUGAAGGGCGACGCGCCGGCUUCCCGUUCUUUCCAUUCGGCAACGCUGGUGGGCAGCAAGCUCUACGUGUUUGGUGGCAGCAACGACUCCCAUUACUUCAAUGAUCUGUUCAUCUUCGAUGCGCAGACGCUGGAAUGGCGCAAGCAGAACCCGUCUGGCGACAUCCCGCCUGCUCGGGCCUGGCACACGGGCAACCAGGUCCGCACCAAGAUAUUCAUCUUUGGAGGAACUGGCGCGAGCGCUUACAACGACCUCCACAUUCUCGACCCGGGCGUGAUGAGGUUCUACAAGCAGUCGGUGGUUGGCCAGCCCCGCGCCUGCAGUGGCCACGCUUCGGCGCUCGUCGGCAAUAAGCUCUUCUACCUGGCUGGAGGGAUGUUCGAUUCGGGGUUGGACGAUCUCAACAUUCUCGACACUGAGAACUUUACCUGGUCGGCCGUCAAGGCACGCUUCUCCCACCUCUGUCUUUGCCUGGCCAUCUCUGGCUGA